AUGAUACAAGUAGACGGACAGGAAACCGUUGAGGUUGAGGGCAAAAUAAAGAUGGCGCUUUUCCUGUUAAGAGGAUGUCGGAGGUUGUCAUCGUUAAACGGCCGUUGUCACUCUUUAAAACAUACACCUGUCAUCCAUACCCGGUGGAGAAAAGCACAUUUAUCGUUUCUAUUUUCCGGUAGUGUGGGGGAGUCUGUUCGGCCGUACAGCUCCGAACCCAAGCACAAUCAGAAAAUGGUGGUCGUCGGCAUCCCAAACCCUUUUAUUUGGAUAAGAACACGAAUUUACUACUUUCUUAUCAAAGCAUACUUUGAUUCAGAAUUCAGCAUCCAAGAGUUCACACAUGGAGCGAAACAGGCCUUCUGCCAUGUUUCCAAACUGUUGUCUCAGUGUCAUUUUGAUGCUCUUGACGGGCUGGUGGCUAAAGACUUAAUUGGUAAGCUGGAGGAAAAGUGCAGCCUGCUUCCACUGAUGUACAAGAUGGCUUUGUCUGCUGACCUCGAUGAGGUCAUGUACAGCAUACCAGGAGAUGUUGGAAUCUACUACGACGACAAAGGGAGGAGGUUUGUAAGCAUUUUGAUGCGUUUCUGGUACCUGACCAGCGCACGGCUUCCUGAUGACACCUUGGAAGGGACUCGAAUCUUCCAGGUUUCUCUUGGGGAGGCAGAAACACAAAGUAAGCGGCUGCUAACUGCAAAUUACGAGUUUCAAAGGGAGUUCACUAAAGGAGUGGCACCAGACUGGACCAUUACGCGAAUAGAGCACUCCAAGCUUUUAGAUUAACAAGGAAAACCAUGUUUUGGCUUGAUUUUUGAUUGAAAUGAUUGCAGGCAAAGCACAUAUAGAAUAGACCAUCUCCAGUGGAAAGAAGGACAAACAACAAGAACAAACAUCACGCAUACUGUCUGCAGUACAAUGCAGUUGAUGUGAAGAUCAAAUACAUUUGCAGCAUAAAAAGUAAAGUCAAUGCAAACAUUCAGUAGUUGUGAUGAAGCACAACUAUGAAAAAGUGUACAUAGCAUAGUAGUACUACACGUGUACACAGUGACUUACAAGUGUCACUCUGUACAAGAUAAGGAUUCUUUGUUAGACAAUAUAACUUAAAUUUCUACUAGCAUUGAGACCCAUCCAUCCAUCCAUCCAUCCACUUUCUACCGCUUGUCCCUUUUGGGAUCGCGGGGGCGCUGGAGCCUAUCUCAGCUGCAUUCGGGCGGAAGGUGUGUACACCCUGGACAAGUCGGCAACUCAUCGCAGGGCCAACACAGAUAGACAGACAACAUUCACACUCACAUUCACACACUAGGGCCAAUUUAGUGUUGCCAAUCAACCUAUCCCCAGGUGCAAGUCUUUGGAGGUGGGAGGAAGCCGGAGUAGUGAAGUGAAUUAUAUUUAUAUAGCGCUUUUUCUCGAGUGACUCAAAGCGC